AUGGCCGCAGCGCUGGAAGACACGCCCGUGUCGUACGAGGACCUGGCCGAAAUCGAGAGGGAAUUUGACCAAGUCGAGACAGAGAUCAUCCGGCAACAGCUCGCCCUCACCAAACACCUCUAUGCCCGGCGCUCCAAGACCGUCGCUCAGAUCCCCAACUUCUGGCCGCUGGUCCUCGAGCAGGCCCCGCCGGACAUCGACCAGUACAUCCAGCCCUCGGACUCGGCGCUCCUGCUCUCCUCGCUCGCGUCCCUCUCCGUGUCGCACUUCGAGGCCGAGCUCCCGCACGGCGACCCCCGCUCCGUCAGCAUCCGCUUCGACUUCCAGGAGAACGAGUACUUCCGCGACGCGAGUCUGGAGAAGCGCUUCUGGUGGCGGAGGGCCACGGAUGGCUGGACCGGCCUGGUGAGCGAGCCGGUGCCGAUCGAUUGGAAGGCGGGGCGGGAUCUGACGGGUGGUGUGCUGGGGCUGGUCGUCAAGGCCUGGGAGGCGGAGCGGAAGUCUUCUUCGUCGGUGGUGGAUGGUGGUGGUGGUGGUGGUGCAGCGAAGGACAAGAAGAAGAAGAAGGCUGGGCUGACGCCGGAGCAGAAGGCGUUGAAGAAGCAUAUUGACGGGACGGGCAUGGGCGGACUGUCCUUCUUUGCUUGGUUCGGGUUCAUCGGACGCAAUAUCACGGCGGAGGAGAGCGCGGCGGCGAAUGCGCUCGAGGCUCGGAGGAGAGAAGCUCGCAAGGCUGGAAGCGCGCACGAUACAGACAAGGACGGAGACGGAGAGAAGGGAGAGCAAGAUACUGAAACUGAGGAUACGGAAGGAGAGGAUGAAGUGGACAUGAGUCUAGAAAUCUUUCCCGAGGGCGACGAUCUCGCGGUUGCCAUCAGUGAGGAUCUGUGGCCAAGCGCCAUCAAGUAUUUCACACAAGCCCAAGAGCAAGACGCCCUCUCCGACGCCGACUUCGAAUCCGACGACGACGAAGAAAAAGCCGGCGACGAGGAAGAAGCCGGCGACGAGGAACCCGCCGCCCUCUCGGCGGGCGAAAACUCGGACGCAGACGCUGAGCUGGCUCGUCCCAAGAAGAAACAGAGAUCUUCUUGA